CGGACGAGGACGUGCCCGACACCUCGUCGGAGGAUAACGACGAGGACGACGAGGAGGAGGAGCGUGAGGAGGAGAAGGCGGGGUGCUCCAUGUCGCUCAAGGCAGCCGGGAACGCUGCUGCCGCCCGCGUGCUCCGCCGCUGAGCGAUGUGGAAGUGAAGAGGAACAAGGCGUUCCACAUCGCGCGCGAGAUGGUCAGCUCGGAGAGAGUGUUUGUUGAUGUCCUGAAGCUGCUACACAUUGAUUUCCGUGGCGCGGUGGUGAGCGCCGGCGUGGAGGCGGGCAAGCCCCUGGUGGACGAGAAGACGCUGUCCCAGAUCCUCCUCUACCUGCCCCAGCUCUACGAGCUCAACCAGAGCCUGCUGCAGGAGCUGGAGGAGCGCAUGGCUCACUGGGAGGAGGAGCGCGAGCGCAUCGCCGACGUGAUCAUGCGCAAGGGGCCCUACCUCAAGAUGUACUCGGCCUACAUCAAGGAGUUCGACCGCAUCACCCUGCUGCUGGAUGAGUGCUGCCGCAAGUUCCCGCCGUUCGCCGCCGUCGUGCGGGACUUCGAGAUGAGCCCCCGCUGCGCCAACCUGGCCCUGAAGCACCACCUGCUCAAGCCGGUGCAGAGGAUCCCCCAGUACCGGCUCCUGCUCACCGACUACCUCAAGAACCUCACUCCGGAAUCCGCAGACUACAAGGACACGCAAGCCGCCCUGGCGAUGGUGAGCGAGGUGGCUGACCAUGCCAACGACAGCAUGAAACAGGGGGACAACUUUGAGAAGCUGAUGCAGAUUCAGUACAGCCUGACGGGACAUCACGAGAUAGUUCAGCCCGGGAGGGUCUUCCUCAAGGAGGGGACGCUCAUGAAGCUCUCACGCAAAGUGAUGCAGCCCCGCGUGUUCUACCUGAUGAACGACACUCUGCUGUACACCACGCCGCAGCAAGGAGGCACCUACAAGCUGAACAACAUGCUGUCGCUCGCGGGCAUGAAGGUGAGCAAGCCGUCGCAGGAGGCCUACCAGAACGAGCUCAUCAUCGUGAGCGUGGAGCGGUCCUUCAUCCUCUCCGCCAGCUCGGCGAGCGAGCGGGACGAGUGGCUGCUGGCGAUCUCCCGCGCCAUCGACGACUACACACGCAAGCGCAUCUCCUUCACCCACACGUGCGGAGGCGCCGGUGGUGACGGUGGUGACGGUAGCGGUGACGGCGGCAGCGGCCAGAUGGACACGUUCCAGCGCUCCGAGUCCCAGCUGGGACACAAGGCUCCCAUCUGGAUCCCCGACUCGCGCGUCACCAUGUGCAUGAUCUGCACCUGCGACUUCACGCUCACCUGGCGUAGGCACCACUGCCGAGCCUGCGGCAAGAUCAUCUGCCAGGGCUGCUCCUACCACCGGUACCCGCUCAAGUACCGCAAGGAUCGUCCAGAGCGCGUGUGCGACCAGUGCUACGCAUCGCUCGGCAAACGUGACGAGACGGUGCUGCUGGGGCGGAGUCCCCCGUCUCAGAGCCGCUCGCCGGGGGGGGCGCUGUCGUCGGUGCUACACAGCAUCACCCCCUCGCCCGGACGCAAACUCAAGAGGGUUCCCGCGGCACUCCAGCAGGUGGCAGGCACCGAGGGCUCGUCGAUGAGCGGCUACCUCCAGCGCUCCAAGGACAACCGCAAGCCGUGGCGGCGCCUCUGGUUCGUGGUGAAGGACAAGGUCCUGUACACGUACGCCGCCAGCGAGGACGUGGUGGCGAUGGAGAGCCAGCCUCUGCUGGGCUUCACCGUGCAGGGCCCCACUGCUCGCGAUUGCAGCUUCCAGCUCUUCCACAAAACCACGCUCUUCCGGGCCUUCCGCACCGAGGACAGCGCCACCGCACUCAGGUGGGCGGAGGCUAUAAAGGCGGCCACGGUGCUGGAGACCGGCGAUCCGCUUUCACCCCCUUUCUGAUGCUGCGCCCUGUGUCUGCGACUGCCGGCGGCUGGCGGUGGUGGCGGUGGCGGUGAUGACGACGGAAGCCCCGUGUCGGCCGGACGUUUCUCUCCCGAGCCUCGCACCGACGAUUCCCCACAUCUCCGAGUGCAGCCGCGAGUCGGGGUAUCACGAUCAACGCGUGGGUUGGGGUUGAGGUGGGGAGGGUGCGGAAAUAAAACUCAGAAUUAUUUUUCUUCUUGGUUCUUUCGAUAAAGUCAAAUAAUAAAAAUAAAAGGUAAUAAAAUACAAUUUUAUUAUGUUUUAUUUUUAUUAUUUUAUUAUUUCCCUUCUACGUGACUUUACCGAAAGAACCAAGAAGAUGAAUCCCUGCAGUCACGAAAGCUUUAAAUCGAAAUUCAGAAUUAUUUCCCCGGGGGUUUUUGUCGCGGGAGUGGACGGGUCGGCGUCGUGCGACCGCCGUAGGGAUUCAUGACAGCGAUGCUGAGCGGGGGGAGCACGUGGGAGACGGGUUCGCGCUGUAAUGUGUCGGCUGCAGGGUAGGCCCCAGGGUUUACAAACUCCGUUCCUUGUGUCCUACCGUGUUUCCCCUUUCCACCGCUGCCCGUCUUCUCCGUUGAAUCACGAGUGAAGUCGUUAUACGCUUGUCGCACAUGCCGGAUGUUUGCUAAACACGUACCCCGUACCCCGCCCCCCUCCCAUCCCCGUCUUAAUUCGAGUUGGCGCCGUCCACAUCACGUGAUGGUGCACGCAGUGCUGUCGACGUCACGCGGAACGUACACCCGCGCUCGAGGUCUCUGAACUUGAAUCCGUGCUCUCUGCAGCCUGUGUGGGCCAGAGAUGAAGAAGACAAAAGUCCCCCGCCUACAGACGUGUCGCAAGUGCUGUUGGGGGAGAUCGUGAUGCUCGCGAGCACCUAUGAAGGGUCACGUGCGAGUCACGUGCGACGCACACACACAGAGGAAUCUCUUCUUCGGAAUAAUUCCUCUACGUGUCACGUGAGGCACGCAUGUACACACGUACAUGCACGCAGUACAGUCGUGUUCUCCUAUAACGCGGUAGUAGUCGUAUAACCGCGUUAUGGGAAAGUCGCUUUAAAAUAAAUAAUGUAGGGUUAAAGCACAGUCUGCGAUAACACGUGAGAUGCGCACGCAGGUCGAAGAAAGACCGAGGCGUGUGGGUAGCAUCUAGAAGCAUCCAGUAGCAUCCCGCCUUGUUGUGCGACGAGGCUACUGCCGAGGCAGCCGUACGACCGCUCGCUCCUACUCGCGCUGCGACGCAUUUCCGUUCGCUCGAUCAGCGUCGUAUUCACUUCGAAUGCGCAGUUAUAAAAAUGUCUUCCCUCCUACAUUCAUCAUCUCAUUAUAUCCAAUUCGCGUCGUGAAAACGACACGCGGUGCUGUAGGAGAACAGACCGCAUCUCCAUUUUAAUUUGGGUUAGCGCUCUGUGUCAACGUGGAUCACGUUGACCAAUCAUCGGCUUGUGCGGCGAGCACAGCGACCGAUUUACAUUUCGGAGGACAAUUGGGCGGCCGCAGUGAUUGCAGUCGCUAAACGAGCGGACGGCGCAGCGGUUAGCGCACGGUGGUACGAUGCUGGAUGAAGGUUGUUUACUCGUUGGGAUUGCGUGACGGUAUGGCAGAGAGCAGGACUCUCAGGCUGUGGCAUUUUAAUUGUUUUCUGAGUUUGCGGUAACUAUAUCCGUUCACACUCGCUAGUGUUGUAUAUUAAUGGCAGUAUUUGCAGAUUCAGUAAGGGAACAACUGCAGUAUUGGAUCGGCUGAUGUCCCUCGUGUUAAUAUUAAUAUCACGUUCGUCGCAGAGAUUUUUUCGGUAGAUUUUUUUCCCUGUAACUAUUUGCCGGCGGGCGAUCGUCAUCAUCAUAAUAACAAUUUGCCAUGUUCAUUCCACCGCUGGAUGAGAAGGCCUCCCCGUGCCGUAGGUUGCCAAACUCUCGCCGCUCUGUGAAGUUCUAAGGGGAGUCGUCAUCUCCGACAUUGGACCGUGCGGUCUCGCUCGGCCCCGACCGCGUAUGAACGAGCGAGAAUACAGGGUGUUCUAAAUAGAUGGAUCCAAUUUCAAAGCAGUAUAUUUCACGAUGGCAACAUGUUACAAUUACACAAAAAGUUAAAACGGUUUAAUGAGUUAUCAAGUUUUACUAACCAUUUUAUAAAUGCUCUGUGCCCUCCGCCUGCUGUACGGACAACAUCGAGACGAUAGUUGAAUUCGUCCCAAACGCCUCUCUUCUCACGUUUUCCUCUGAGGUGCGUGGGUCACCCUUGCUCUUCCCCUUACAUAAACAGCCUGUUUCCUCAAAUUGUCAGUACCAACGAUGAACGCUCUUUGACAUUGGCGGAUCAAUGCCAAAACGCCGUUGAAACGCACGCUGCACCGCAAUUACGGAUUCAGUCUUGCUGAACUGCAGAACGCAAAACGCCCCUUGUGUGUUGCGGGGUCACCAUCUUGCGAACGACUGAGGCUAGGGGCUGUUUGUGCGCUGGGAGAGGCAUCGAGCGGUAAUCAUUUUAAACUCUAUGCCCCGCCCUCUCUAUGCCCCACCCUCUCCAUGCCCCGCCCUCUCUAUGCCCCGCCCUCUCUGUGCCCCGCCCUCUCUAUGCCCCGCCCUUUCAAGUGGUAAGAGUUUCAUUCAUGGGCGGUUCGUGUUCCCAGAGAUAUAGCGAUUUCAAAUCGGGUCCAUCCUUUUCAAACACCCUGUACGUUUCACGCGAGAUUUAAAACGAACAAAAAAAAACAAGCCAACGGGAAAAUCUCGAGCGCAGUUUUCGGCUUCAUUUAGCCCAUACUGUUCUCUCGGGAGUUAAAACUCGAAGCGCGCGUUUCGGCUUUCUGAGCUCGUGUGUGCGAUUACUUGACUGUGGAAAUCGAUGUUUGGCAGAUACACACUACACUACGCGUACGAAGUGUCCGAAUUAAAGUAUUACAUUUUUUUCUACAUUCGCAAAUACUGAAGAUUGUCAUAUCAGCAUAACUUUGUGUUCAAUUCUCACCAGGGUCCAGUGCGUUCCUUAAUCCGGGCACACACCUGAGCGGUCAGUUGCGCGAAACUCAGUUGCGUACCGCGCGUGGGGCGUCCUCUGCAACGGGGUUGCGAGCAGUUGCGUGGCGGAGAGACAGACUCGACUUCCAAGCGCCGAUUCUGCUCGGCGGGUUAUUUUUUUUUCGCGACGGAUUUGAUCGCGCGCUGCACAUUUCCGCGGCCGCGAUUCUGACGUGGACGAGUGGAGCCAUGCGGUUACGAGCGUGGCCACGCACCCACGCUGCACAACCACUCGCUCGGAACGUGGACAAAGCGGCCGCGGGGGCAACGCUGUUUUGAAGUUUCACGCGGCGAUUUUGAAGAGCCGUUCUGGUUGCACGGAAACUGACUGCUCGUGGUGUGGCCCGGACGUUAGAUGGCAGCGCGGGUCGAGGGGCACGUUUCCAGUGUGUUCAGAAUUCUCAUCGCACGCCUUCCUUUCCCCCUAUGCGUGUCUGCUCUUCCGUAGUCUGCUGUUCGUCUUUUGCCCUUUCCAGCGCUCUUAAGUGAUAGUUGUUAUUGUGAACUUUCGCCUAAAGUACUAACUCAUUGGGUUUGUCUUAAGCAGCAGAGGUGGAUGGGUCCCAUCACAAUCCUGUGAUCAAGGUGCACCACCGAUGUAUGUUCUCGUUUUAGCGUCGAACGGGUAAAGGCGCGGCCCUGCAAUUGCUCGCUCGUGCCACUGCUGGCCUCCACUAGAAGGGCUCCUCUUGCGCGCUUGCCACGCGUCUCUCGCAAUAGGUGCGUGCGAGCGCUCGCGCCCUUUAACCCCACCGCGCGCGACCUGCCGGCCGACUAAUUUCGGGCCGACUCGUUUAUACCGCUGGGCGGACGAGAGACGGGGGAGCUUUUUGGAAACGCAUCGUGAAGUGACACUGAUUUAGAGGAAGGGCCCCUUGCCUACAGUGUCUCGAAGGUUAUCGUAAUUUUUUUUUUUAUCACGUGGGCCCCAGAAUGCCACAUUGAACUGUGGGAAGUUGGCGAUUAUUCUACCUAUAGUGCCUUCUAAUAAUAAUUAUAAUAUAUAAUUGCGUGCAGCUACCAAGUCUGUACCACAGCGGCGUGGCAUGGUUGGCGUGAGCCCUGGCGCAAAGGAAUUAAUUGGGGUCCCCCCCCCCCUCUGGCAACCUGCGGUGCAGUCCCCGUUGCAGUUUCACCGCCUGCACACUCGACGGUCACGCCAAACGCCGCACCACAGCCUCGCCACGUGCGGCUGGUGGUGGCAGCAGUACAGUCCCUGGAUUCGACCACGAGAUCAAAUAACAAUCCCACGCCCCUUUCCCAUUGAGACACAUGGGGGAACAUCGGCUCUCUUGGAAAGGUCACCCGGGUUACGUCGAGUUUAUAUCGUAAGGGGCCUAAAAGAGACGCAAAUACAUCGGUGCCUUUGGGUUUGCGGUGAGAGCUGAAAAUGUCUGUCCCCUGCUCACGUCCGCGUUAGCCUGACGGCUGACCGGGCCCUCUCUCGUCUCCGCCGAGGCCAAUCUGCACGGCAAUGCGAACAACGAAUCCCAUUUGGCCAAGCUGAGAGAGAGAGAGAGAGUGCAAGUGGCAUGUUUGGCAUUGGGCUCCGGUGCCAGGAAUGGAAUUGGAGGGGUUGGUGGGCCGCUCUCUCGUUCUCUCGCUCUCUCGCUCUCUUCGUCCAAUCUCCCUUCCAUUCUCUGCAGCUUGGCACCGGGGACACCGCUCCCCCCUCUCCUCUCUCCUCCAGUGCAGUUGCACCGCCUGCACACUCGUUGGUGCCACGCCACUGGGUGUCUGCUCGCCGUGCGUGAAGUUGCACUCGCGCGAUCACGUUGUUUACAAGGGUAAAAUAUGAACGCUUCAUCUAACUUAAUUGUGUACAAAGCGCGUUUGAAAUUGGCUCAUGAAGCAGCACCUGGCCUGCGUGUAUUUUGUUUGUUUGUUUAAACUAAAGUGACGUUCCAGUUGCAGUAAGCUGUUUCCGGGGGGCAGUUGUUUUAAACGUGUAAUAAUACCUUUUUUUAAAUAUUAAAAUUAAACUACACACAAACUCGGCACGUGUA